AUGCUUGGAUUCUCAGAAAACACAUCUUCUUAUACAGUUAAGCCGUUUAACCAGCAGGACCUGUCAAGGAAGGUAACCUGGCAGUGGAAUGCAAAGAGUAGGACCCACGAAUUUGUUUUGAAUGUAAUUGGCUUAGAAGACCUUGUUGAACGUCGCAGCAAUGAGUCAACUGGAACUCAUGCGCCCGACUUUUUUUGUCGGUUGUGCGCAUUGGUGAUUCCGCGGAGGUCUGCUGCUCUUGAAGCUCAUGUCCGCUCCGCUCAGCAUAUCUUAUGUUAUGUGCACAAAUAUCAUCCACUUACAAUUAUGGAACUCGACUCGUUGCCUAAGGAAGGAGGAAAGGAGAUGAGGAAAAUUCUUUCUCAGUUGUUGAAGGAUCACCAGUUGAAAGAACAGUACUGUAUUCCUAUCUAUGAUCCCAUUGGCGAACAGGAACGGAAGGGCAUUGUGGCUAUGCAGAAGGCAAAGGAGGAAGAACGCCAACGCCAAAUGGCUGAAGCGCGUCUGAAAGCUCAGGAGCAGAGGAAGAAGAAAGACGAAGAGCGCAGAAAACAACGCGAAAUUGAGUUGGAACAAGAGAAGUUGAGAUUGGCUGAACGUGCUCGCAAAGAAAAAGAAGCGCGAGAACGCGCCAAACGUCUUGAGGAAGAAAAAGCCCACGUAAAGAAA